AUGGAGUGGGUUAGAGGUAAGACGAUCGGCCAUGGAAGCUUUGCUGCUGUUAGCUUAGCUAAACCCAUAAACCAGAGUUCAGAUUUUCCGCCAUUAAUGGCGGUGAAGUCUUGUGGAGUGUCUCACUGUGAUUCGUUAAUCAACGAGCGUAUGAUCUUGGAAGAGCUUAAAGGUUGCCCGGAGAUCAUUGGAUGUUACGGCGAUUCAAUGACAAUUGAAAACGGUCAGAGGUUGUAUAAUGUGGCGUUGGAGUAUGCUUCCGGUGGAGCUUUAUCGGAGAAGGUGAAGAAUUCCGGUGGUUUACGGUUGUCGGAAAAUGAAGUUCGGAGAUACACGAAUUCUAUUCUAAAGGGGCUUCAUUUUAUUCAUCAAAAUGGGUAUGUACACUGCGACAUCAAGCUUCAAAAUGUUCUGUUAGUUUGUGAUGGUGGAAAAGACGCUGUGAAGAUCGCCGAUUUUGGGCUAGCGAAGAAGACAACCGGCUCCGGUGAGUUGAAUUCAAAAUACGAAAUUAGAGGUUCGCCGAUGUAUAUGGCGCCGGAGACGGUUGUCGGCGGUGAGCAGGAAUCAGCUUCUGAUAUAUGGGCACUUGGAUGUUUAGUAACGGAGAUGAUCACCGGAAACCCAGUUUGGAAUUGCUCCGAUAUCGGAAAUCUUUUGAUGAAAAUCGGCGUUGGCGCUGAAAUUCCAGAGAUUCCCGGGAAAUUAUCAGAAGAGGGGAAAGAUUUCAUCGGGAAAUGUUUCUUGAAAGACCCAAGAAAAAGAUGGACGGCUGAGAUGCUUCUAAAUCAUCCUUUCAUUAACACUGUAUCAUUCAAAGAAGAAUCAGAGAAUCAAAUCUCUCCGAGAGACCCAUUUGAUUUCCCUGAUUGGGAAUCGGAGCAAUCGUGUUUAGUGACACCGGAAUCAUCGCCGGAGUUCAACUGUUGGUUCGGAGAACAAGACGAAUUUCAAUCUGGGUCACCGUCAAUUCCGCCGGCGACGAGAUUAGGGCAGCUGCUGACAGAUCAGAAACCCAAUUGGUCCGUUUCAAACAGUUGGGUAAAAGUAAGAUGA